AUGGCUGAAUCCUUUGUUCUCAAUACUGGCGCGAGGAUCCCAUCAGUUGGCCUUGGCGUAUGGCAAAUACAACCUGACGCUGCUGUCAACGCCAUCUACGCUGCUGUCAAGGCUGGGUAUCGGCAUAUUGAUUGUGCUGCAGCAUACAACAAUGAGAAGGAGGUGGGCUUGGCUUUGAAGAAAUUAUUUGAAGAUGGUGUGGUUAAGCGUGAUGAUUUGUUUAUCACCUCUAAGCUAUGGGCUGCUAAUCACGCACCUGAAGAUGUGCAAGAGGGAUUUGACACCACACUUCAAGAUUUGCAGCUUGACUACUUAGACUUGUACCUCAUCCAUGGUCCAAUCCGCAUCAAAAAAGGAACUAGCAUGAUGAGCCCUGAAAACUUUAUCCCUACAGAUAUCCCUACUACAUGGGCAGCAAUGGAGAAGUUAUACGACUCUGGCAAAGCUCGUGCAAUCGGCGUGAGUAAUUUUUCUUGUAAGAAGCUGGAUGAUUUGUUUGCCGUUGCACGAGUGCCUCCAGCAGUCAACCAGGUUGAGUGCCAUCCGAUUUGGCAGCAAGACAAGCUCCGGAAGUUAUGCCAAUCCAAGGGUGUUCAUCUUUCUGCGUUUUCGCCUUUAGGCUCACCUGGAUCUCCUGGGAUCAAUGGGCCAAGUGUCCUCAAGAACCCCAUUGUGGUCUCUGUUGCAGAGAAGUUGCAGAAAACACCUGCCCAGGUCGCUCUACGCUGGGGAAUUCAAAUGGGCCAUAGUGUACUCCCGAAAAGCGCCAACGAAUCAAGGAUUAAGGAGAACAUUGACAUAUUUGACUGGUCUAUUCCUGAAGAUUUGAUGGCGAAGCUCUCUGAAAUCAAACAGGUUAGGCUGCUAAAAGUCGAAUUUGCAGUUCACCCAAAAAGUGGAUACAAUACCUUGGAGGAUCUUUGGGAUGGUGAAAUGGCCAAGUCCUUCCUCCUAAACACCGGUGCUGCUAUCCCAUCAGUUGGCCUUGGAACAUGCCAAAUAUCACCAGCUGUUGUCGAAGAUGCCAUUCGUGCAGCUCUCCAGGUUGGUUUUGCCCUGAGGAAACUAUUUGAGGAUGGUACACUUAAACGUGAAGAUCUAUUCAUCACUUCUAAACUGUGGUGCACUGAUCAUAAUCCAGAAGACGUUCCAGAGGCGAUUGAUAACACACUACAACAUCUGCAGCUUGAUUACUUAGAUCUUUACCUAGUCCAUGGUCCAGUUCGUGCAAAGAAAGGAACUAGGCUGAGCACCGAAAACAUCCUCAGGCCUGACAUCCCUGCUACAUGGAAAGCAAUGGAGAAACUGUACGACUCAGGCAAAGCUCGUGCCAUUGGCGUGAGCAAUUUCUCCUGCAAGAAGCUGGAGGACUUGCUCGCUGUCGCACGUGUGCCACCAGCAGCCAACCAGGUGGAGUGCCACCCAGUUUGGCAACAAGACAAGCUCCGCAAGCUUUGCCAGUCGAAGGGCAUCCACUUAUCUGCAUAUGCACCACUAGGUUCGCCUGGAUCGCCAGGAAAUGACGGACCGGACGUCCUUAGCCACCCCACUUUGAUUUCCAUUGCCAAUAAGCUGCAGAAAACCCCUGCCCAGGUUGCUCUUCGCUGGGGUAUUCAGAUGGGGCAGAGCGUGCUCCCGAAGAGCGACAAUGAGGCGUGGACGAGGGAGAACAUUGACCUGUUUGAUUGGUGCGUCCCUGACGACUGA